UCCGCCUUCCAUUUGCCCUGAUCGGAUUGCUAGCCGCUCUGGGAAUAUUUUUGAAGUAGGAAGGCGCGGAUCAGCAGGUGUUUGGGCGCAGUGUGCGUGCGUCGCCCGUGAAGGACCAUGAGCGACGAUGACCACUUCGACUUUCUCUUUAAGAUCGUCCUGAUCGGCGACUGCGGCGUCGGCAAAACUUGCGUCGUCCACCGCUUCAAAAGCGGAAUGUACGUCGAGCGUCACGGCAACACCAUCGGCGUGGAUUUUGCCAUGAAGACGCUCACGGUCGAAGGCAAAAAAGUCAAGCUCCAGAUAUGGGAUACGGCAGGACAAGAGCGCUUCCGGACUAUCACCCAGAGCUACUACCGCAGCGCCAACGGUGUCGUCAUUGUUUAUGACAUCACGAAGAGGUCGUCAUUCCUGAGCCUACCGCGCUGGGUCGAAGAAGUGCGGAGGUACACAGGUUGUAAUGUGCCUCUGCUACUUGUAGGAAACAAAUGCGACUGUGAGAGCUUGCGGGAAGUGACACAGGAGGAGGCACAAGCCUUGGCCGAGCAGUACCCCGAGUUCAUGGCCACCAUUGAGACAAGCGCCAAGGAGAACACCAACAUCGAGUCCGUGUUUGUCAUGCUCGCCACCGAACUCAAGAACACACACGACCCUGUCGGACACCUGACCGACGAGGACCUGCGCCGAAUCUCCCUCAACACGAGCAAGGUCGGGCACAAGGCGGCAUGCUGCACAAAACUGUGAUGGAGAAAAAAUUCCCCCAUUCGACAAGGGGAGGGGGCAGGCUGUAACAUUUUUUUUUCCUCCUUCCAUCCUGCGUGCUGCCUGCAAAGUAUUUUUUCUACGUACCCUCCUUCUUUCACUACCAGAACAAUGCAACUUGGGAGCCACAUUACAACUUGUGCCUCUGGUUUAACUUGCCCAUCGUACGUGGCGGCUUCCAGCAAAAAAAAAAAGAAAAAUUUGCGGCUUGUCAGAUGGUUACCUGACAAUCAAUGCUGGGUAGAGAAUGCACUUUGCCGCAGGAGUCCUUGUGCCCAUUUGUUGAGCUGAUUUCUGGGCUGAUCAAACAUAUCAACUUUUUGAAAGUCGUUGCGGUUGUGAACACCCGCCGUCUUCUCAGAACUGCCUUUUGGCACACGGUCACACGCGUGCAGUCCCAACUGUGCAAAGUUCUUUUUUUUUACUUAGUUGUAACUGCCAUGUACGCCCUCUGAGGCACAAAUCCGAACAUCUGAAGGAACGAUAAAAACACACCGUGCCUUUUUAGCCAUUUGGCAAUGCCGAAGUGCUCUACAAGAACAACUGCACUCUUUAUUUCGCUUUGUGAGUGGGGAGUGCUCACGGGUUGUCUCUCGUGACCCACAUUUGCAAUAAAGGUGUCGCUUCUCAAGUGUGAUGCGCUCGCUCGAAGGCCUGAGUGAGCUGAUGACAGCGCAUCUCUUCAUAGCCUUUUAACAAAGACUACUCCGACUAAUGCAGCACUCAGGAUGCAUAUUUGCGAGUCUUACUCAGUGUUUUUGCCCACUAGUCACACUGUUUUUUCAUGGCCAUUAAAUCAUACAAAGUCUCUUUGCUAGUUUUCGAGCAUGCAGAGAUCAACAUAUUUAAAGAAAUGUAAAGGAUUCCAUGACUGCUUGCCUACUAGGCAUGGAAUGACUAGGUCCGUUCUAUUCGCCUGCACUAUGUAACCUAGUUGAGGAACUAGCUGCGAUGGCUCAGUGGCUAUAGCCUUUUGCUGCCGAGCAUGAUAUCACGCUUUGGUUCCUGGCUGCAGCAAUGGCUGCAUUUUUAAUAGGGUCAAAAUGUAAAAACGGGCUUGUGCACUUAGAUUUAAGUGCAUGUUAAAAAAAUCCCAGGUGGUCAAAAUUAAUGGGGAGCCACACGCUACGGCACCCCUCAUGCCCCAGUGUAGCUUUAGGACAUUAAACCUCAUUAGCCAAUCAAUCAGUCUAGUUGAGAUUUGAGGAGGAUAGCAAAUUUCUUCGCUGUUGAUAUCGUCAAUGCGGUGUUGCAGCAUCUCUGCAUCACCAUCUUUUUGCACAAUCCAAGUGUCAUGCAGAAUCAGUUUACAGCAUUUUCUGUACUUUUUAAAAGAGGUGGCGCAGACAUCAUGCAAAACGUGUUAGCUCAUUCAGUAGGUGCAAAGCUGGAAGUGCAGGGUGAAUUGAACAGGGCUCUUGUCUUAGUCUUUUCCAAGCUCUUGCACGAGUUGAAUAAAGCAGCAGCUAGACUACAUUGCUUGUAGUCAUAGAUUACCGAGUGACUUUUGACAGCUUGUGCUACAGCUUGUGACAGCUCUCACUGCAGUUAGCAUUGUCAGUAAUGUAGGAGCUAGAAUACUUCUGGCACGAUUUUCCUGAUUACUGUUCAUGGCAGCAGUGCUGCCAAAUUCCAAAUGCUGGACUGCAUAACCAUGUUGCUGCAAAUUAUUCCAGGUAGAAAUCUUUAGCUGAAGAAUGUUGCUCUUUCGACAUGUCAAUGUUUCUAUGUGUGCGGUAGUGGUCUCGCCAUGGCUAGGUGUGCUUUAAAGACGUAACAAGGGUCUGGCUAGUGACAAGAAAACAGACGAGGUGAAGCACGAUGAAACAGACAAGGUUUGUCGAUCUUCACCUUGUCUGUUCUUGUGUUGUUUUUUGUUUUUGUUUUUUUAGCCACUAACCUGUCCCUUGUUACGCUUUUAAGCAGCGCUUCUAGCCUUGAUGUUUCAUUGACCAGACCCCAUUGCAGUAUUACUGGCAGUGGUUUGCUUAGCAAGUGGUUUCUGAUUUUCCAACUUCACAGGUGUGGUUUACUGAUCCAAAAGCUACUUUGUGUGAGCUGGUCGUGCCACUGUUGACUUCCAUCCAGUGUCAUGCUACUAAUAUGCACUCCGACAACUUUGACUUCAGUGCAGUCUUGCUACUAAUAUGCACUGACAACUUUUUGCGUACAUUGCUUAGUGAAUUCCAUUGCCUGAGCAGGAGCACCUUUAAUUGCUCGGAAAAGUGCUCACGCAAUUGCCUGUGCUAGUUUUGACAGCAUUCAUUAAAAGGGCACUGCAACACUUUUUGAACAUGUUAAGAAAACAUUUGUGAUCUGUAAGACAGUGCUGUUGUGAACAUGGGAGCCAGUGCAUGCACCAGGAAGCCCACAAUCUCUCAUGAGAGAUAGCUUGCUGUCUCCUGCAACUUUUGAGGUCUCCUCUCUUUUUGCCGCCGUUGAAGACAUCAUAGCCUGCAAGACAGCCCAUAGACACCAGCUAGUGGGCAAUUGUUCAUGGCUGUGAGUUACUGAUUGGGUUACUUCCGAGCGAAAGUUCAAACACACACAUGCGCACCCUUCCUAUGUUCUGGCAAAUGGAGAUUGCAAAUGCAUCCCGGCCUAUCCUUUAACUGCUUCUUUGUUGCUCUCCGGCCCCUUUGUAAGAUGUCAACCUUGGAACAGUUACCGUAAGUGCACUGGGAAAAGAAUAAAAAGGAAGAAACAAUCAAUAGCUAGGGCAAAUGCUAUCGGAGCUAUCCGAGUCAACAGGAAAUGUUCAGUUGAGGGGGAAUGGGGCAAAGUAGACAUUGCGCUCUUUAUGUUCCCGUCCAUAUUAGGUCCUUUUCAAAAAUUUCUUCUGGAAUAUAUUCUUUUUCAAAAAGAGGUGUUGCAGGGCUCCUUUAAUUAAAGCUAGCAUGAGCACUCAAAAGUGCUCUUGUUCGCUAAGUUGAAUUCACUUAUUUGUUAAAAAUGUUUCAGGAGUUCACUUGCAUUGUAUUCUUAGCCAGCAACAUUUGUUGUUGCAUCAGAUUCACAUUAUAGAGUUGUUCAAUUACCUUGCUACAUUUAAAGCUACAGUGCAGGCACUAUAUAAAGAUGGGCCGACACGGGACGCUGUAUGUUUAAAAGCAAGAACACAGCUUUGACGUGCAUAGGAUCUCAGCAAGCUGCCAUGUGAGGAAAUGUUUACUUGUGUAGAUUUGAGUCGUUUUGCUUUAGCCAGGGCAGGUGUGCUUUAUUGAAAAUGCAGUAGACUCCCAUUAAAAUGAACUCGGAGGGACCGUGAAAGCAUGUUCAGAGGUACGUCUUAACAAAAGUGAUCCACCAAACUGAAAAUGUGCUAUUUCUGGUGCAUCCAAAUAUCCACAACACAAAACAAUAAAUAAAACAGCAUUAAAAUCAAAAUGCAGAUGUGUAAAGAGACAUUUACUGGUUUUCCAUCGUACAAAGUAUUGCUUUAUGCAUUUUUGCGUCUAUUAUUGUUGCUUGCUGGUGUUGUACAAAAGCUGAAGUUUGGCCUAGCUUGAAUUGUUCAGUGCCCUCAUGUUGUUGAUAAAAAUGCACCAAAGUACUCAGGACAUUAUCAGCUGAGUCAUGUGUGGACACUGCUCAUUCUUGUAACUCCUGGACAGUCCCUUCACCAUAAUUAUCAGCCUACAAAGGAACAUUGAGGACCUAAUUAAUUACUGUUUCUGUGGUGCCAGCCCCACAGUUUUCCUCGUCAUUGUCAAUGCUGGUGUAGCCAUUUGCGUCUACGAAAACGCCAUUUGGUUGUCGUGUAGAUAGCAAAGUCGCGUCCUCCAACUCCACUGAUCAGUCUUUUGAUGAACCAAGUUGCUGGUGUCAGUGGCAGCUGGGAAGUUUGGCUUAACGAAAUUAGAGGUUCAUGGUAAGCAAAUUCGUUUGCACUAUGUCUGUGGGAAACCAACCAAACAUUCCCCCAUUUCUCUUAUACAAAAGUUUGGUUUAACUUGGUUCAUCCUAAAGGGAGUCUUCUGCAUUGUUCGUUAUAUUUUUUCUGCAGCUGUAGUGUUUCUCUUGAGCAUGAAAUGCAGAUAGGUUCACAGACUUUUUUAAGUUGCAGAUAGCAACAAUUUGCCAUGGCAGUUUUUCCACUUAGCAUGAUCAGUUCACAAGAAUGCCAUAUAUUGAUAUGCAAGUACAUGCAUAUUGUCAGCUGUUUGUUGGUGCUAGACACUGAAACACCUGUAUUCAAGUACAAUUCGCUGAGAAUGGGUUUACAUGUGUUGAGAGCCUUGUGACAGAUAGAGAACCUGCACUUGUGUAUUUGGACAUUUCAUUCAUUGACUUCUCCCUAUGCAGAUCACCAGUUUAAAAUUUUGCAAACAAAAUGUCUGACUUGGCAUUCCAAAACAGACAGUGCCAUACCCUCUUGCCUUCCCUGUGACAUGCUCUACAGGGUAAAUGAAAAUGUUAAUGCUGUUGUUAAAUGUGUAAGCAGUCUGUAAUAAUCAUUUGAAUCCUAAUCCUGCUUGCAACUAGAGUUUGACUUCUGUUCUUUGGCAUCAGCAGGACAUAAAACAUUCACAAAUGAUUUUAGUGACUCCGAAGUCAGUGCAGCCCAUGCUUUUGAAAUUUCCGCCGGGUGUCCUUACGUUGAUUUUGAAAAAAACCCUUAAGUGCACUGGUGUUUGGAAAUAGGCCUGGCACAAGCAAUAUUAAAAGACCGAGCUGCUCUCUGAUUUGUCCUUGGUGAUCUCUAAAUAGCUGAAAGAGAGCAGUGCAAGGCCUAUGACCUAUUUUCGUUUUAGCUGUGGCAAUUGAUACAUGCUGAAAGAACUAGAAAGCUGUUAAUUGUGUUGGCAAGUUCUUGUGGACUAGAGGCAGAAUAAAGCACUUUCAUCCUGUUACAUGUGCCUAAGGUUGUGGUGUUAGCCGCAAGAAAAAAUUGACAUGCACCUGCAGAUGCUAGGCCGCAUAUUUCUUUACACAGCUGUUCACAUAUAUUGCAUGAUGCUGUGCUGUGUGAUAAUAGACAGCUUUUAGAGAACAUUGCUUAUGGUCCACUCUGUUCACGUUUCAUGCACUGCAGAGAACUGCGUUGAUUUCACUUUUUUUUUUUUGUAAGUGCUCCUUCCAGAGUUGCAAGCAAUGCUCAGUCAGCUCGACUGCAAAAUGACACAGGAGCCAAUUGGAGGCUCCAUUCACUCAGCUCGAUAGCGUAGUGAGGGAAACAUUCUGAGGUGGUAUUCUCAGUCCAUAUUGGAGAUAGUUUCACUUUUGUGUUCGUGCGACUAGUGCCAGGUGCGACAGCAUCCUGGCACAAUGCCAAGCGCACUGUCUGGGCAGAGUGCCAGGAACACUGUUGUCUGGGGAUGCUGCCGUGUUUAGUGCUAGUUGCACGAAAUUUUGUGAAAGCGAAACUAUCCUUAUAAGUAAUUGCCAGAAAAUACCAACCCUGCCUUCCACUGCGGCCAUGAGCAUUGUAUGUGUUUGCACUGAGCAGCUGUAUGAAAAUUGUAAGGAUAUGCUAAUCUGAAUUAAUCGGACUGUGAGCACUGAGCUAAAACUCUCUGAUAGCUGCUGAUCCUCUGUUCAUAUUACUGACAUUAGGCACUCCAAUGUUGUAUUCAAGUCUUCCAUCACACGAGAAAUGUGCAACCCUCGGCAGGGCAACCAGUUCUGUUUAAUAUAAGCAGGUACCAUGUUUACAGAGUUUUUACAGAGCUUUUAAAAUUCUCCACUUGCUUGCCAAUGCUUUGUGCACUUGUAGGUGUUCAGUGUUUUUUGCAAAAAAUUGUUUAACUUGUAUCUUGACCUUAAUUUGUGUUUUCUGCGUGGUCAAUAUUGCCAGGUAGCUGCUUUGGUGCGUUCAUUAGGUGUGCAACUCUUAAGAAUUGUAGAGCAGCUUAACAUUGUUCUUCAGUGCAAUUUAAGAUUGUGAUCAAUGACAGUGCUAGUUUAUGGAAGUUUUUUUCUUUUUUUGCAAUGUUCCUAAGAGGUAUAUCUGUCUCCAAAAAUAUGUUUGAAAGCGCAAUGUACAAGGCCCAUUUCCAACUCAAACAAGUGCACUUUUAUAUCACAAGUAUCGAAUGAAAGUUUGUAAUCAAAAACAGGAGAAAUAUGUAGAAGUAUUUGGUUUUAAGUGGAUUCUUUAUGAAAUAUCCUGCUCCCUUAGGGGUAUCGUUUUGUGCAAGCUGUGCCGUGUGUUUGGGCUUGUUCUAAGAAUCUGCUUGCAUGCCACCUGAUCAUCCCGGCUUCCCACACUCAUCUAGGGCACGCCAGCAGUGUGCUUAGAAGUGCAUAUGCACCUUCUAUCCAGGCCGCUGUUUUGAGACACUCUUCUUUAAGCAUACAUUGCCUGUUGGUCUGUCCGCUACUCCACAUGCUUCUGUUUUUGAGUGCUUUCUUUGCGUUGUUCUUUUCUUUAAAAAAACCGUUCCUUCAAUAACUAGCCAGACUUCCAAACAUUCCCUCGCUUCUUGCUCUACAAGUGGUUUGGUGGUCCCUUUUCUUGCCAACACCACAACACCAGGCGAGCCUCAGCAGUCGCCAAGCUGCAAAAGCUGCGGUCACCUUUACUGCCCAGAAAACAGCUACCAACUAGCAAUGGUCCAACAGUCAGGCAAUGCUUGCUCAGAAGCAAAUGGUCUCAACUCGGCGGUCACUGGUGGCGAAUGUUAAAAACAUAGCCUGCAACAGUGAUACUGUUUAAGACAAGCCAAGGGCUGCACGAACAAUCGUUUGCACCCUGGCAGGAUGAUGAAUUGAACUGAAAAUUGAACAAACCGGUGCCAAAUGAACAGAAGUUGACUCCAACAUCACUUUGCUAUGGUUCCCACGAAUUAUCAGUGUCAUACACAUCUGUCAUAAGACUUGAGUGUAGACUAUUUGAAAUGCCAGCCUUUUGAGUUUUGUGCACUGGUAUGGUCUUUGUGUGUGUGUCUGAACAAUGUGCAAUUUUUUAGCUUAGUCAAGCAAUCACGUGCCAGAUGUGGCACUGAGAAGUAACAGUAAUUAGGAGGAAGGAAAUCUCAUACUGGUGCUACCGUGCACUUGUUUAAAAAAGUGUUUGAAGCUUUGUUUUUUUCCCCAUUUGUAAGCUACUUGUAUUUGGUGCUUCAACACAUUAUAUUGCGCCCCAUUUGUGCUGUAGCUGGCACCGCGUGUUGAAAUGCCUGUUUUUAAAUGUUGUUAGGGCAGCUUUAGAAAUUGCAACUCUUGAAACAUCUUAGUGCAAGAUAUUUUCAUGUUGGCGGCGCACUCCUGGAAUAAACGGAGGUUGUUGCGAU